UAGGUCAAAGUGUCGGUGUGUUUGAGCGUGAGUUUGAGUCACUUGGUAUUAAAAUAGUUGGCCCUGGUACUUUAAUGAGAUCGUUGCUAAGCUGAUGCUGCGCUUCGUUGGUUUUAAUUGGUUAUUCGAAUCGGAACGGAAAGAGUUAAUGCAUGCGAUCCGAAAUGUUAAAUCAUAUCUGUUUUGGGAUGUUUGUUCAAAUGUCCGAGUGUCAUGUUGAUAACCGGCGUAAUAGGACAGAACGUUAUUGGUCCCCUGGUACUGAUUUUGGCCACAAGGUUACAUCAUUAGCACCUGUCAGUUGUCAGCUUUUCACCAUACCUCAGUGAUCCUUGGCACGUGACCAGACGUUACUGGGGACCAGCUGCCGUUUGAUGAUCUACGUUGACAAGCUGAUCGCGGCUGUGGGAACCCCUAGGAUCUGAAGCGGAGCUGUUCGGGAGGGACGCAGCGGAAGGAGUCUUACUUACCGUGCGGCCGUUUGUGCCAGUGUAGAAGGGGAUUUUGACAUCACCACAUCAUCAUUGGUAUGAUGACAGCGGACCUAGAUAGUGUUGAUCCAGGACAACGCUGAGCCCAUCCACGGUUGAUUUAAGGGUUGACAACAGGCAUUAGACGGGCUGAGGUCGGGGGAAUAAAGCUUGAGCAGUGGGAGAGACGUAACGAAGAAGAAGAAGAGGAAGAAGAAGAAGAAGAAGGGGAAGAAGGAAAAAAGGAAAGAGCCAGACGAGAAGAGAAGGAGGGACAGGAAAUUGGGCCCUCAGCUCACCUACACCUUGCUCUUCUUAGCAAGCUUCCAGUUCUUUGGUUUUAUGACGGAAAGUGUAUCCCCCUGCAGUGGAUCUGUAAGAAGUGCUCUUCAGUAUGAAUACAGAUAGCGGAGGAUGUGCUCGCAAAAGUGUGGCCUUGUCACUCAUACUCUCUCCCAUGAAGAGGGUCCAGAGCUCACCAAAUCUAGCCACAGGGAGUGAUUCUCACUCAUCAGACUUGGAUUCUUGGCGGUCGCGUAGUGCAACAGACGGCCUUAAAAAUGGAGAUGCCAGCAGCUCAUCUCUUGCUGCCAAAGGCUUCCGUAGUGUCAGACCCAACCUGCAGGACAAAAAGUCACCCACACAGGAUAUUAAUACCGUGCCGUUGCCACCCCCCAGGAGAGAGAGUUUUCAGUUCUCACCCACUGGCACUAAUCCACCAGAAUACAGCUCCCUCAUUUCCCUGCCUAAUGAUUUGAGCCCUGGAACGCUAACAUUCACUAAAAAUGAGAAAGCAGUUUUGAAAGAGUCCUACACUAUUAGAAGCACAUCUUCUUACUCCUUCUCAGAGACCGGUGCAAAACCAGUCCAGCAGGUAAAUCAGUCCACUGCCUCCAAUGAUACGAGCAGCCUGAGUGCAUCCGCAAGCGCUACUACACAGGAGCGUAAGGUGUCUUCCCUCAAACUAACCCCCGUCACGAUCCCCGACCCCCCUGAUCACCUCCACACUCACGCCGACCCUCAGCCCAAGACCCAGGCCAAAGGUUCACUUCCACCCACUUCUCCUCCUCCACAAAGGCCUCCCAUCCCUUCUCACCUCCCGACACAGACAGCUUCGCUUUCCGUCCACUUGGGUCAGGAAAAUUCAGCGUCAGUGACUUCAAAUCCCAGAGAGGAGCUCAAGGUCCCAGAUCAAGAACCAAAUCAAACCGCGACUGCAGAUUCAUCCCCGGUGGCGAUGACAAAGCCUCCCCCUGCAAUUCCUCCGAGACCGUCGCCUGCAGAACUGUUGGGCCAGGUCCUCUCUCACGCCAUGAAUGGAAGUGCUAGCCAUCCACAAAGGCCCAUGUCUCCCCCGUCCUAUCCUCCGCCCCCUGCCUCGCUCCACACUGGGCUUCAGAGACAGAGCAGGAGUUCAGAAGGCAGUGAAUGCGUCACCAGAGAGUCUGUGGUGUCGGGCCACACCAGCAUCAGCAGCACUGUGCCCAUCGCCCGCUUCUCAGAAGAAGAAAAGAAGGUGUCUGUCAUUAAAGCCCCCCAUUAUGAAGGCAUCGGCCCUGUGGACGAGUCGGGCAUCCCUAUAGCCAUCCGCACGACGGUGGAUAGACCCAAGGAUUGGUACAAAACUAUGUUCAAACAGAUUCACAAGGUUCACAAAGCAGAUGAUGAUUAUUCUGACACAUACAAUGCAACAUACGCUCUCAUAAACAAUGAUGAAUUCGGCCUGUCAUCCAGCACCACCAUGGCCCACCCGGCUCCUCGGACACACACGUACAGGCCUCUGUCCAAGAGUCCUUCAGACAACGGGGGGCUUCAGGGCCACCGGGAGCCCUCGCCGUCUCCUGUACCGCCACCGCCUCCACCCAUGCCGUCCCUCCUCCAGCUGAGGGCCAGAGACAGCGACCGGGACAAAGAUGCACCAGACACGAAUGAAUGGGGUCCUCCUGACAGGAAGGUGGACACACGGAAGUACCGAGCAGAGCCCAAGAGUAUCUUUGAAUAUGAGCCUGGAAAGUCCUCUAUUUUGGAGCAUGAAAGACCAACCUAUGAUGACAUAGAUUUAGAGAACGAGCCUUGGUAUAAGUUCUUUUCCGAGCUGGAGUUUGGGCGGCCGCCUCCUAAAAAACGGCUGGAUUAUAAUCCAGACAUCUCGGCUCGCCAGCGCAUCGAGACGUCCCUCCAUCUCGCUCCUGCUGACAAGGCCUCGGAGAGACCUGCAAGUGCUGCCAGCGACUACAGAAAGAGACGGAAGUCUGAGCCAUCAAGCACCCAAGUUAAUUCCCAGUCUCAGAGCAGAGCUGCAACUUCCCCUAAACCAGUGGAUGCCUAUAGACCCAGCAGCAGCCUAAAGAAACCCGUCAUCCGUUCCUCUCCAUCCUCACCCUCUAGAGCCAAAGGUGGGGACGCAUGCAACAUGAAUUCAAACAGUUUGACCUCCCCAGGUCCUUAUCAGCCCCCUGUCCCCUCUGACCCUGACCAUUGCCACGAGGACGCCAGCCAAGAAGGCAGCUCCUCCUCCAAGCAGUCCGUCUGCUGCAAGAACAGCUGGCAGACAAAACACCAGGAUGCCGAGACGUGGAGCAGCGCGGAGGAGGUGCCCCCCUCCACUGGCAAGCUCAAGUCACGUAGCUGUGACGACUUGCUUAACGAUGGGCAUUCUGGCUCAGGUGGGCACAACGCCACCCGCUCGGAAAGUGCUGGGUCGCUGGUGUGCGACGGAAACCCCUCCACGGCGUCGAACUCGAGCCGCUCGUUGCCCCGGCUCCACCGGCGACGAGCGCACGACUCGCCGGGUUUCCUUCAGCUCUAUCGCAAGAUGCACCAGAUCGACCGGGCUCACCUCAUCCCGUCUGAAGUCAUCCGCUCGGUCCGCGCCCGCAUCCUGGAACUAGAGCGCCAGCCUCACUUGCAUCGCCAUCGCCUCUCUCCUUGGACGCCCUCCUGGGGCGUGGAAGUGCCACACGACAUGGUGCCAAACCGCAUUUCUGAAUACGAGCGUCUUAUUCAGAAGUCCAAAUCCAUGCCCAACCUGGGAGACAGCGAGGUGCCUUCUGGGACCACCACUCCGGGCGGCUCGUCGUCCCGGGCCAGCAGCGGCGGCGGCGGCGGCACGCCCAGUUUUCCGAAACGUCGUUUUUCCAUAGAGUCUUUGCUAGAGGAAGACAACAACGGCAACAGCGGAACAGCACCUCACAGCAUGGACCACUUACACCGACCUCGUAGCCCUCCCGAAGGGCAGCCUCGUGUCGGGCCGGAGCCUGGCCGCGGCCGGACGUUUCCUGCUCCUCCUGUUCCCCAGGCUUCACAAGCCAACCCCGACUACUCCGACAGUGAACACGACGCCAUCGCGUCCGACCUCAGCGACUUCAUCCAGGUGGAGGGCUCCUCGUUUUGCAGCGAGAGCGACUUCGACCACUGCUCGCUCACCUCCUCUGAAAGCCUGUACGGCUCGUCCACCCUCCACCACCAUCACCUCCGCCAUCACCACCACCACCACCAUCACCAUCACCCCGCUCACCAAAGCCUGGGACAGAGCCAGGGCUACCAACACCGCCACCUCAUCAGCUCCUGCAAGGGCCGCUGCCCGGCCUCCUACACCCGCUUCACGACCAUGCUUCGCCACGAGAGGGAGCGGGCGCGGCAGGAGCACCAGAGGUCUUCGCAGCAGAGCCGCGGCAACCGCUCCCAGGUCCAGAGCUCACAGUCCCAGCAAGCGAUGUCCAAACUGGCCUUCCUGGUCAGCCCAGUGCCUUUCCGCAGGAAAAAGGGCUCACCGCCUACCUCUAGAAGAAGCAACGGUGGAGGAGGUCGAGGGAGCAGACCCAAAUCUAAACAGGCCAUUUACGAAGCACUCGACGCGGCCUUGAGAGACAUAUAUGAGCACAUUCAAGCAGAGAGAGGCCACAGGAGCCCGAGGGCGCCCGACGAUAGCAUUCUGAGGAGAAUCUUAGCCGAACUGUUGCCAAAUGUGCCUGAACGAAGCUCCUCGUUGCGAGGCCGGAGGGAGUAUUGGCACGGGGGUCACUCGUCUGCGUCCUUGUACCCAGACGGGAGCCCCACCGGUUAUGGCUCGUACAAGGGGGAGCCCUCCACACCACAAUUACAGUCACCACGGCUACAGUCGCCACGGCUACAGUCACCCAUCAGUGCCUGUUACGGACGACACUUGGAGACCUCAAACAAUAAUGAAUAUGGAGAGGACCAGGGCAAUGGGAAUGGUGUCUGUUAUUCAGACCAGGAUGUCUCCAGGAGUUAUUCCACCAUGGAUGGACGUCACACGCCGCAGAGUAGAAGACCUACUCCUGACAGAGAGGUCUCCCAUAAACAGAUGACACAACUUAUUCUCUUCUCUCUCCUCCAUCAGAAACAGCCUGCAAGAGCCAUUUAUGAUUUUAAGGCACAAACCGCUAAGGAGCUGACGUUUAAAAAGGGUGAUGCAGUGAACAUCAUCAGGCAGAUAGAUAACAACUGGUACGAAGGAGAGCACCGUGGACGGGUGGGGAUAUUCCCCAUGUCUUACGUCGAGAAGAUGCCGCCGUCCUCAGAGAAACAGCAGCCGAUCCGUCCUCCUCCUCCAGCACAUGUCAGAGACAUCGGAGAGGCAGUGGCACGCUACAACUUCAAUGCUGACACUAAUGUGGAGCUGUCACUCCGAAAGGGUGAGAGAGUUAUUGUGAUAAGGCAGGUGGAUCAGAACUGGUAUGAGGGGAAGAUCCCAGACUCGACCAAGCAGGGCAUCUUUCCCGUGUCCUACGUUGACAUCGUCAAGCGCUCCCCGUCCAGGAGCUCCGCUCACCACAUAGAUCCACACAGUUACCCUGGCAACAGGACACCGAGCUCCACACCCAUCAAGCCUUUCUAUCACCCACCUCCAUCUUCCACCGCUCGUGACCUCUCCUCCUCCCCCCACCCCCCUUUGAGAAGGCCCGACCUGCAGGCUAUCACUGCUGAGUGGCUGUGUCUGACAAUGGACUCCUCAACACCCACUCCGGCCCGGUCCCUCGCCUCCACUCCCGUCCCGCCCACGCCGCCCCCCCUCCCUGCUGACUUUGCACCUUCCCCAGGAGCGCAAGAGGGCUCACUCUCACCUGCGCCGUCACAGAAAAGCUUCGCCCUUCCACCACAGCCUUUUCCCAGAACCCCAGCUUUUAAAGAGGGGGUCUCAAGUUUAGUCCACACCGCACCUGUUCUGCCCUUUCCCCAACCCACACCACCUCCUCCUCCUCCUCCUUCUCCUCCUCCUCUUCCUCCUCCUCAUUCUUCAUUCACUUCUCCGCCGCCUGACUCUUCACCUCGGUAUAACAGAGGUUUACAUAUCACUGAGGCACCCCGGGCGUCGCGUAUAACUAAGCCAGAGGUUUUGUCCUGUGCGGUGUCAGAGCCAAUAAAGUCACCCACGCAUCUUCCUCAACAGCACAGGUCGUCUGUGCAGGCAAACGAGAGAAGCAAAACACCUGAUAUUGAGCUGCAUGUAAAAGACCCUUACGAUGAGCUGCUGUCUUUGAUUCUGGAUGGUUCCAGCUGCACAGACGAGGUUUUGAGAUUGUCUCCACUAGAUUCCCCUCCGCCCACGCUGACCAAACAAUCUCAGAGCAGCUGCUUCCAGCUAUUAGCCAAAGAAUCCCCUCAGCCGGCAGGGAAACCCCCAGCAGUCGCUCCAGCGGGCGACUCCGCAGGCAGAGUUCGGUUAGAUGUGCAGUUCCACAAGCCUGUGACAAUGGAGCCGCUCUCUGUUUUGUGGGGAGACCAGUCGAGAACUCUGAACGCGGAACCCGUUGAGCCUGAGCGGUCGCCGUCGCCGACAGGAAAGGGAUACACAGAGCUGUUCAUUCAGGAAGAGGAUGAAGCUAGAGAGGACAAAGAGGAGAACGUUAGGGUUUUAAAUGAGAGACUGAGUCCACAGGCUGAAGUCUCUCCCUCCUCUCUGACACAGUUCCCUCCCACCAGUCUUUCCUCAGCCUCCGUGCCGCCGCCGCCACCUCCUCCUCCUCCUCCUCCUCCUCCUCCUCCUCCUCCUCCUCCUCCUCCUCCGUGCCCUCCCUCUACCUCCUCUCCGUCCUCUCCCUCACGGUCACGACCUCACGUCUCCCCCCGGCCCCCGUCCCUCCCUCAACUCUCCACGUCGCCGCUGCCCCCUGUCUCCCACUCCCCGCCCGUCUCGCCGCCUCCCCUCCGCGUAUCCCACCCCUCUCCGGACGUCCCCACGCAGCGCUCCGUCUCUCACCCCAUUUCUCGUGCAGUCAUGUCCUCCGAGUCCCCUCCUCCCCUCCCCUCUCCGUCUCCCGCUAAAACCGUCUCGCCCCCCCUCUCGACUCCACGCUCUCCCCCGACUACCCCCUCUGUGCCCCAUCCAGGAUGUAGGUCUCCAAAGGUGAAGGAUCCUGUUGUUGGUGGUAAACCUCCCCGUAGCCCCAUCUUGUCCCGGAGGUCUUAUCUGUCACCCGUUAGAGGUCGAAGGCGGUUAGUACAGGAUGCACUCCAUGGUGGAGGAGACCCGUACCAGGCCCUGUACAACUACACGCCUCACAACGAGGACGAGCUGGAGCUGAGGGAAGGGGACGUUGUUGACGUGAUGGAGAAGUGUGAUGAUGGCUGGUUUGUUGGGACCUCUCGAAGGAGCAAGUUGUUUGGAACCUUCCCAGGAAACUACGUGAAGCAGCUAUAAUGAUGAUUCCAGACGGCCCCUGUCACCCGUCCCUCUCAGCGAGACCUCCAUCGCCCUCAGCACAGCAGCCGCAGGACAACGACAGAGACCCGCCGCACAUUCAUGCGUUUGUUUGCGUGCACGUGUGGCCCGUCAGCUUCACACAGACAGAAUACCUAGCUGUAACUAGCCAUCUUUAACGGAAGACUUCUAUAAAAUAAUAUUGUUUCUUUUUUUAAUUCUUAUCUUUUUACCCUUAUUUUUCUAUCACGGGGGAACCCAGACUCCAGUCAGUGACCUUUAACUUCUGACAGUGAUGGAAGGAAAUCGAAGGACUCCAGUGUUGCUUUUUCCUUCUGUUUCAACCUUUUAAGGGCAGUAAGAUCACCAAGAUCACACGUUGUUAUUAUUUGUUUCUGCAAAAUUACACAACCCUUACAAUCAAAUUUCAGUGUUCAGUGACUGACACGCCCAAAGACGUCCAGAGCAGAGAGUGUUGUAUGAACAGUAUUGUUGUGUGAGUUUUGCAGCCAAGCAGAUGUUGCGUCAUCAUCAUGUCAGGUAAAAGGACGUUACUCCGUACGGCUGCAUGUGUCAAUGUUAUGUGUUACCCAGGAUUUUCAUUAGUUGAUAAGAAUUCAUCAAUAUUAUUGGUCACAAUCACAAGUUAUUUCUAGAUAUUACACCUGGGUACGUGGAGGAAGAAUCACUUCACCUUCUAGUUUAAGAUUAGAAGACAUUUUCAACUCGUUGGUUUUGAUGUUUGGUCCUUCUCACGUUAGCAUUGAUGCACUUUAACAAAAAUCUGUACACAAAUUUGUGUUUGCUUUAUUUUUAAUCUCACUUCAGAUUAUUCUUUUUAUUUUUUACACGCUAAAAGGUGACUGCGAGGCUUCAGGGGACGUGGCCAUGUGUGAAAAGUGUACGCGUACUGACCCUUUAGGUAUUAUAUUUAUUAGAGGACGGACGCCGAUCCACCUUUUUUCUUUUUCUUUUUUUUUUAGAAACGAUGGGACGCCACAUUGUUUUAACAUAUUUUAACAGCACCUACAGUAACUUACAUUUUGAAGGAUUGUUAUUUUAUUGUCAACUAUGUCCAGAUGAAAGAGACGAAAUAACGUGAUUUCGGCUGAUGGGAUAUAAUGAAUUGCCAGUUUAUGGUUAAUGUUGAAUUUAUUUAAGACAGAUACAGGUUAAGAUAGGAUAUUAUAAAAAGAAAAAAAAAAGUCAGUCAUGUAACUGCAGUUUGUCCAUUUGAUCAUACCCUUUUGUCAGAAUGAGUGAGUAGUGUAUCACUGUUUGUGUAUUAUUUGGAGUAAUUGACAAUUUCCAUCUGAGCUCGUCAUUCUCAGUCAACGUGUUUUUUUUUGUUUUUGUUUUGUUUUCCAUUUUGUGUUGGACACUGACAACAGAACAAUUGUUAAAGCACCUUAAAAUACGUUAUCAUUCACUGUCAUUCACGUCACUCCCUGUCAUUCACUAUCUCGGCUGGUGUGAGAACACUAUGUGCGUGUACGUGUGUGUCUGUGGUGUUUUUGUAAGCCUUUUGUAUGAGAGCUGUAAAAUGACCAUCCACUUGCUUUAUAAAGUCGGCAUUUUCUCACCCACCAUCA